AUGGUUGUUUCGCUUGAUUGCACAAAAAUUGAGCUACUUGAGGAGGGAAAUUGGAGUUCUAAUAAAUUUAAGGAGAGAGCUGUUUCCACUACUCAUAAGAAAAAGGGUAAAAAGCGCAGUAAAAAUUCGAACCCUGUUCCAAGACCUUGUACAGAUGGCCGAAACCUUGUUGAGCCUACGCAGGUGUAUAAUGGCAAUGGAGAUAUUAGACAGCCCAACAAGUUUGAUGGUGAAGUUCCGAAGGAAGUUAUUGCUAGAGGGAAUCUCGCGUCUACAGAUGCCAUGGGACCUGUUAAAGGAUUAAAUAAUGGAAAUGUACGAAGUGCUCCUAAGAAGAGUAGGAAAGAGAAGAAAAAGCUCAAAAGCUCGAGCUCCCCUAGCUCAGAAGUUGCAAGUUAUCAUUCUAGAAGCUCUAUAGCUUCCGCCGUUUCUGUUAAUUCUCAAGAUGAGUCCUCCAUGGCUCACUGGACCUCUGGAAAUAGAACUAUCGAGAACUUUUCAAACAAUGUUGCAGCUGGGAUUGACAGCUCUGAAGUAAAUCCAGAUCAUUGCUGUGAAAGUACAGUAAUGGCACAAUGUGAGGAGACACGUGAUUCUUCUGCUGAAGUCAGUGAUUGUGUUGGUUUGGAACACCAUCAAAACUCAGACAGAGUGGUCCAAAAUGAUACUGAAACUGCCAGGGUUGGUUGUCUGAGUGAUGACGUGGAUUCUGAUGCUACUCCUGUUAGGCCUGUGGUUGAAGAUAAUGAUGAUAUGUGUGGUGAAGUUAUUGACAAAAGAAAUUAUGCACAUUCACAUGGAAUUUACCAAAAGACAGGUUUUCUAGGGAAACUAACAGAAGGUAGUAAGACAGAAGGAAAAACUAUUCGGGUUCAGGAGCAAGGAAGUAUGGGUAAUGUCGGGGCCACUAGUUCAUCAGCAUACAUCUCUUAUGAGUGGCCCAAUGUAGCUACUAUUCAUCCUUCCGCUAAUACUCAUCGCCCUACGGCCACUGAUAGAUUGCAUCUCGAUGUUGGUCACAAUUGGAAAAAUCAUUUUCACCAAAUACAAAAUGUACAAGUAAGAAAUUCUUCUGUUGACACUAGGUAUAGUGGAGUGAUAUCUCGACAUCUGCCAAUGAGUUUAGAUUGGCCUCCCGCGUUGCAUGGUGUCAGUAGACUAUCCCCAUCAGUUACUUGCAAUUAUGAUUCUGAUUUUAUCUCAAGACGACAGUCCUCUCUUCUUCAACGCUUCACUGCUCAACAUGUGCAGUGCGGUCCAGUUACUUCAGAGGAUGAAAGGGUCCUUUCAGGCGAAUUCAUGGACAUGUACAAUGUUACAAAUUCUCAGGAACCAGUGGAUGAGCAUGACAACCACUGGAUGUCAGAAGAAGAGUUAGAAGUACAUGCAGUUUCUGCGCUGGAUUGUAAUCAGUACUUUGGUGGAGGCGUGAUGUACUGGAAUCCUUCUGAUCAUCCAGGGACUAGUUUCUCACGUCCUCCCUCACUUUGUUCAGAUGAUAGCUCUUGGGCUUGUAGAGAAGCUGAUAUGAGUAUGGCUGUUGAUGAUAUGGUUGCGUUCUCCUCUUCUUAUAGUACAAAUGGACUGACUUCACCUUCUGCUGCUUCCUUUUGCUCUCCCUUUGAUCCUCUGGGACCUGGAACUCUUGGCUAUGUUAUUCCUGGUAGUGAUAUCAGUGGCAAAGUUCUGCACUCCUCAUCAGCAAUGAAUGAUGUGGAUGGCGAGGAGAUUGUCUCCGGAUCUAUGCCCAAUAUGCCUAGUGAUGGAGAAGUGAAAACUGGAGAUUCACUUCCAUAUCCCAUGUUGAGGCCAAUAAUCAUCCCAAAUAUGUCGAGGGAAAGAUCUAGAUCGGAUUUUAAGCAAAGUUAUGAUAGAAAAAGCCCUUGUGUUCCACCUAACAGGCGGGAACAACCUCGAAUUAAGAGGCCACCUUCUCCCGUAGUCCUAUGUGUUCCACGUGCCCCUCAUCCGCCUCCUCCAUCUCCUGUUGGUGAUUCCAGAAAACACAAAGGUUUUCCUACCGUUCGAUCUGGUAGCUCCAGCCCAAGGCAUUGGGGUGUCAAAGGUUGGUUCCACGAUGGUGUCAAUUUUGAAGAAGCUUGCUUGCCCAUGAAUGGUAGUGAAGUCAUUUGGCCUUCAUGGAGAAACAAAAGCCUUUCGGCCCGUCAGUUGACGCAGCCUUUAGCAGGAGCAUUGCUACAGGAUAGGCUCAUUGCAAUUUCCCAGCUAGCUCGGGAUCAAGAGCAUCCAGAUAUUGCAUUUCCUUUGCAACCACCUGAACCGCAGAGCUGUACCACUCGCAAGGCUGCUCUGUCACUGUUUCAUAAUACUCUCCAUGAUGAAAUCAACUCUUUCUGCAAGCAGGUUGCUGCUGAGAAUUUGAUCAGAAAGCCUUACAUUAACUGGGCUGUUAAGUGUGUUGCACAUUCUCUCCAAGUCUUGUGGCCUCGUUCUAGGACAAAUAUUUUUGGUUCAAAUGCUACUGGAUUGUCCCUUCCAUCAAGUGACGUGGACCUUGUGGUUUGUCUUCCUCCUGUGAGAAAUUUGGAACCUAUUAAAGAAGCAGGGAUCUUGGAGGGUCGUAAUGGCAUCAAAGAAACUUGCUUUCAGCAUGCUGCUAGAUAUCUUGCGAACCAGGAGUGGGUCAAAAGUGAUUCUCUCAAGAUUGUGGAAAAUACUGCUAUACCUAUCAUCAUGCUUGUGGUGGAAGUUCCACAUGAUCUUGUUUCUUCUACUAUGUCAAAUAGUCUGAUGCCGAAAGCACCACACCAGGGGACUGGUGAACAAGGCAAACUUUUUCAGGCUGAUUCUGCUAGUUCCGAGGUCUCUACUUCACCAAAGUGGAGCAAGCUUGUGAAAGAUAACAAAGGUGGUGUCAAAUUAGUUCGUCUUGACAUCAGUUUUAAGUCUCCAUCACAUACUGGACUACAGACUACUGUGCUGGUUAAAGAGAUUACUGAACAAUUUCCUGCUGCAACUCCUCUUGCUCUGGUGCUAAAACAGUUCUUGGCAGAUCGUAGCCUAGACCAAUCAUAUUCAGGUGGUUUAAGUUCAUACUGCCUGAUGCUGUUAAUCACACGUUUUCUGCAGCAUGAGCACCAUCAUGGCCGGCCUAUAAAUCAAAAUUAUGGAUAUCUCCUGAUGGACUUUCUCUAUUUCUUUGGGAAUGUCUUUGACUCUCGUCAAAUGCGUAUAUCAGUACAGGGAAGUGGGGUAUACCUAACUAGGGAACGAGGGUGCAGUAUCGACCCACUUUACGUUGAUGAUCCUCUUUUUCCGACAAAUAAUGUUGGACGAAACUGUUUUCGCGUACAUCAAUGUAUCAAGGCAUUUGCAGAUGCUUAUUCAAUGUUGCAGAGUGAACUUACGUGCUUUCCUGAUGAUGACACACUUGCUAAGCCCCCCUGUAGACUACUUCCCAAGAUUGUUCCGAGCAUUGGUCAUUUGAUGGAUCCUAAUUAUUAG